AUGCACAUUCAGACAUGGGCCGUGUACUUUCCAGAAGAGGAGUUAACGGCAUUCAACGAGCUUGUACAGAUUGUGGCAGAUAUAAAAGAUAAGUUGAAUAAUAUUCUUUCUCUGCAAGACAUUGAGGAGAUUGCUACAUCAAAGAUAUACGAAUUGUCUAUACAGACUCUAGAAGCACUUGUACCUAAGGAGCAUCUUGAUUCAAAUGCAGGAAAUAUGCUUUCAUGCAUAUCAUGCGCACUUUCUGAAAUUUUAUAUGAUGCAGGACAUUUAUGCAUUAAGAUACACAUCAGGAUAAUAACAUUCAGAUGCCAAAGCAGAUUUGCGGAUGUUGAUGGAACGAGCCUCGGAAAGCUUGUGUUUGUAUCUGGAACUGUCUGUAGAGUAGGAUUCCGAAGGAUUGUGUGCACCAAGAUGGAUUUUGAGUGUUCAAAGUGUGGAGAGGUGCUUGUAGUGAGCAUGAAAGACAACAUCUUCAGGCCACCCAGGGGAUGUAGGGCGAUGUGCAAUUCGAAGGUUUUUGUGCCACUGAAGGCAACACCUGGAAUGUAUUGCAUGGACACACAAGACAUCAAGAUACAAGAGCUUUAUAGCGGAGAAGGAGAGACUGGCAACGGAAUGCCCAAAAUGAUGGAAUGUAUACUCAAUGAUGAUUUUGUAGGUACAAUGGCACCUGGGGAUAUAGUACAAGUUGUUGGUGUUCUUGGAGUUGAGCUUGAAAGCGAGAAUCUAUACAAGCUAGUUGUAAAGGUGAAUAACAUUCAGAUUGUGAAGAACAAAGGGUUAUUUGUUGAAAAUCUGGAAUGCCAGGGAGCAGACUUUAUGGAGUUUAGAAGAAUAGCGAAAGGGGAAGGAAUAAUGAAUCUAUUUAUUGAGUGUUUCUACUCGACUGUCUAUGGAAAUGAAUUGAUCAAAGCAGGGUUGAUGCUUGCGCUUUUUGGAGGGACACGGAAAAGCAUAAGGCAACACUUGGUGCGCUCUGAGAUACAUGUGCUGAUAAUUGGAGAUCCUGGACUUGGGAAGAGUAGGCUGCUUCUGAACACAUGUGUAGCUCUUCCGAAAAGCAGCUAUGUCAGCGGCAGCUUUGCAACAACUGCAGGAUUGACUGUUUCAUUGACACAUGAUCCGAUUUCUGGGGAAUACAUGGCUGAUGCCGGAGCACUUGUUGUUACAGAUAAUGGAGUAUGUUGCCUUGAUGAGUUUGACAAGAUAGAUGACCACGCGGUUCUUUUUGAGGCGAUGGAAGAUCAGAGAGUGAGUGUUGCAAAGGGAGGAGUGAUAUGCAGCAUCCCUACGAGGAGCACAGUUGUUGCAGCAACGAAUCCAAGGCAUGGGCAUUUUGACCGAACUAAGGGUAUGGAGGAGAAUGUAAGGUUUGAUAGUGGAUUGUUAUCGAGAUUUGAUCUAGUUUUUGUUCUUUUGGACGAUCUGGCUGAGGACGAAUGCCAGGGAAUACCAGCAAGGAUUCUCAAGAAGAGGCAGGGAGCUAAUGUGCCUGAGGAGCAGAUUGAUGAGAUAGUCAAGUUGAUCAAAAGCGAUGGAUUCAUUGAGGAUUUGAAGAGGAAAGGAGGCGAUGCAUAUUCAUGUGAUGUGCUGAGGAAGUACAUACUGUAUGCCAGAGGGAAUGUGUUUCCGAUGCUUAGCAAGUCUGCAAAGGAUGCUCUGAAGGAGUAUUAUUUAGAGAUAAGAAAGGAGUUUGGAGCAGGUACAAGAGAUCUUGAGGCAUUGGUAAGGCUUGCAGAAGCGAGGGCGAAGAUGGAGCUGCGGAGCAUAGCCACGAAGGCAGACGCGCUAUUUAGUGUGGAGCUGUACAAAAGAGCAAGGUCUUACAGGAAGAAGAUGGUAGUUGAUAGGAAGAAAAGCAAAGGUUUCAAUGAGAUGCUUAGAGAGUAUAAACACACGAAUGGAGAAGGAUUGAUUAGCAAAGAAUUACUUUACGAGAUGAUGGGCGAGUCUAAUAGUGAAAAGAAUGUUGAUGAGUUUAUAGAGAUGUUGAACCACAAUGGCGUGCUGAUUAAGAAAGGAAAGGACAUGUACAAGAUACUAAUCUGA